GACUGCACAUUGUAGCAAAAUUUCUGAUUGGGUUACCAAGCAUAUUUGUGUUCAUAAUCUAUAAACUGCGAAGAAGGCAUUUGUCGAUGUUUGAUGCAAUUGAAAGGUUUCUCCAAAGUCAGAAUAACCUCAUGCCCAUUAGGUACUCCUAUUCAGAGACAAAUCCGGUUGGCCGUCCUUCAAUGAGAAAGGUAGUGGAGAUGCUCGAAGGGGAAGUUGAACAUUUACAAAUGCCUCCUGAUCCUUGUCAAACUCCUCAAGAUGCACUAUUUGAGCAAGCAUUCAGUGGAGAAUCCACAGAGUCAGAGGCUUUGCUAUGUAAUUCUUCUAGUUACAUCAACUCCUUGGAUGUGAUUAUAGAUUGAAAAGCUGAUAGGUUAACCACAAAUCACACUAAAAUGCUUGGUUAAUUCACAAGUUAAAAUAUAUUUGUGUAACUCUCUUCUAGUAAUGCCUGAAUACAUCGAUGGCCUGAUGAUCUCAAUCGGAGAAAUAUGAGGGUCUCAAGAAGUUCAACAAUUCAAAACUUUAGGACUCCUUUUACCAUAGCAGAUCAAAAACAUUGUAUGGAACGCUUGGCUA